AUGAUCAUCACUGGAGAUGACAUAGUGGGCAUCUUUAGUCUCAAACAAUUCCUUAGUCAUCAAUUUGAGAUGAAAGAUUUAGGUUUGCUUAGUUACUUCAUCAGCUUGGAAAUUUCUUAUGAUCCUUCUGGUUACUUUCUCACCCAAGCCAAGUAUAUCUCUGAUCUCUUGACUCGUGCUGGUCUUACCGAUUGCAAGACUGCCAUUACUCUAGUUGAUCCUCAAACUUGUCUCACACCUCUUGAUGGUCACCUAUUAUCUAAUGCUACUUUAUAUCGUCAACUAAUUGGCAGUCUUGUCUAUCUCACAGUUACUCGUCCAGACAUCGCCUAUGUUGUUCAUAUUGUAAGUCAAUUCAUGGCUGCUCCUCGCUCUCCACACUAUGAUGCUCUAGUUCGCAUGUUGCGCUAUCUCAAAGACACUAUGUUUCAUUAUUGGGCAGGGGAUCCUACUAACCGUCGUUCUAGUACAAGGUUUUGCUUCUUCUUGGGUGAUUCUCUCAUUACCGGGCAUAGCAAUAAGCAAACUCUUGUUGCUCGUUCUAGUACUGAGAGUGUUAUUCAAAUUGCACAUAUUGAUGUCUUCCAUUAUCACACCAAGCACAUUGAGAUUGAUUGUCACUUCAUACGGUAA